CGCGCCGGGCCGGGCCGGGCCGGGCCGUGCCGGGAGCCGCCGGAGCUGGAACUGGUACCGGUGUCGGCUCCGCUGCCGCGGCCGCGCCCGCCGCUGCUGGGGGAGGCGGUGCCCGCGCCGCGCCCCCGCGCCCCGCCCGCCCCCGGCAGCAGCAGCAGCGGCAGCGGCAGCCUCAGCACCUCCGCCAGCUCCGCCAGCAGCUCCAGCAGCAGCACCAUGGACCUCUCCUUCAUGGCCGCGCAGGUGCUUCCUGUUAUGGGAGGAGCCUUUAUGGACUCACCCAACGAGGACUUUAGUACAGAGUACUCCCUGUUCAACUCAUCAGCCAACGUCCAUGCAGCUUCUUCCAUGCAGAAUCCACCAGAAGAGACAUCCCGUUCUUCAAAUGAUGCCAUAUUGUUAUGGAUUGCAAUAAUAGCAACAAUUGGAAAUAUUGUGGUUGUGGGAGUUGUGUAUGCCUUCACCUUCUAGGAUGACUGUCAGUACAAACACUGGAAGAAAGGAAAUCUUCAACAGUAUUUGUCAUGUGUAUGUAUGUAUGUAUGUGUGUAUAUAUACAUGUAUAUCUAUAUAAAUACAUAUAACUAGAGACUUUGUUGAUUAAGUGCUGCCACAGUCAUGGAAAUGAAAUGCAAGUUAAUCAUCUUAAGUCUUGAGGCCAGAAAGUUUGGAUGCAAAUUGUGUGGAGGUGAGAGCUUUAUUUGAGAACAGAGCCGAUAGCAGUUUUGUAUAGAAAUGUAAUAAAAGAGAGAUCAACUUGGGUAUAGUAAAUACAGAGAGAUAUUUAUAUAGAAAGUGCUUAUUUUUUACUGUAGAUUUUUCUAGCAGCUCUUCUGCAAUUUGUCAGCUUUUUUUUUUUUUCUUUUUGUGUGUGCAUUUUUUACUGUGGUAUAACAUUAUAUGGAAUUGUUCCAGGUUGUGUUUUCUGGACAUCUUAAUUUCCUUGACGGACCCUGGUUGGCAUUGGCUCAGUUCUGAUGAAGACCAAGUUCAUCAUGUGUGUGUCUUCAGCAUGGCUGCAGACUCCUGGGCUGUAUUCAAAAUCAUCAGUCUCACAGCCAUGACAGGCAGAUGCAGGCUGUCUGUUACCUGCCUUCCAGUUUCAGUAACUGGAGCUGGUAAUCAAUACAUUUAUGCUGAACCUGCCUGCUGUUCAGGAGGAGGCACAGCUACUCCUGCUCUGCUCUGAAUUUCAGAGGAGAAAAUGCUAAACAGAGUAGCAGCACAAGUUCCCAUUUCUGUCUAGAGGUACUGGUUUGCAGCAGUUUGUAUAUGCAUUCCUUCCAGGAAACAAAAGCCUAAUACCACACUUCUCAUCUCACUAGACUGCAAUCCAGAUUUCUUACAGCAGCUGUGUGCUUUCAUAAGGUUAUUGAUGUACUGAAAGAAUGAUGGAAAAAUUGUAAAGCCUAAUUAAUAGUGAAUAUGUCUAUGAGAAAGAUAGAAUUGAAAGAAAGGUUGCUCACUUCUGUGCUUAUGCAGGGGUGAAUUCAAGAGUCACAUAUGUCCUGGGGUAGAAACAACACAAGAAAAGUAAUAAGUGUCAGAUGUGCAAGUGCUUGUAUCUCAGUAUAUUAAUAUAUCUCUGGGUUCUUGUGAGGGUCUUGGAUGAGAUUUUUUUUAGAACUGGCUUUAGGUAAUGACUGAUUAUCCUUUGGAUUUGUUCCUCUGAGAGGCAACAUUUUUACUGCAUUUUUUCCACGGGCAUUUCAUUUUCAAGAGUGUAUCUUUUUGAGACAAGCUGUAGCUUUCUGUGCUUGAGAAAUUGUAAAAUCUUGAGAGAAAAAAAAAAAUUACCACUGUUGGAAAUCUUCCUUCACCCCCAUAAAAAUUAAGCAACAAUACACAAAAUGUAUGCACUUUGAGAGCAGCAGACAAAUUCUUCCUCUGUGUCUGCAUGUACUGUCUAGGUUUUCUGUCUCACACAGCUAAUACCCUAAUUCCAGAAAGCCUUGUCUGCAGGAACAGAGACUAUUUUUGACACUUGCCUGCUACUGAGCUUGAGGCUGGGCUAUGAGCUGCUGAAUGUAUAGAGAGCUUUGGAUUUCCCACUUUUCUCUUUAAACCCAUUUUCCUGCAGGGCUGGUGGACAGUUACUUGAAUCAAAGCAGCAUGCCCCAAAUCAGUCUUUAUAACCACUCAGCAGUCACUGUGUAUAUUUUUUCCCUCUCUAUGAACUGUCCUUUAAAGCUAAGAAAGAGGCAAACAGAGCUAGCAGUGGGAAGAAAAUAAAUUAGGUUAUUUUGAAGCUGAGAAAAACAAUUAUGAGCUUCUGUGUGUGUUGUUAUUUCCCUUUUUGGAGGCAGGAUUUUGUGAAGAUGGUUGAGGACAGACAAGACCUAUACUGGGAAAAAGUUUGAGAAGUCCAGUUCUGGAAUAUCAGAGGGAAAGAAAGCAAAUUCUGUCCAAUAAAAUAACUGUAGUCUUAAGGAUGAUAGAAAAAUUAUGAUUUUCAUUUCUUAAAAUAGCUAUUAAUUCCUUCAUAGCCACAGGACAACAAAAAGCAGAGGAGCGGCAUAAAUUAUCUACCUUGUUUGUUUUUGCAUCCCUCCUUAUUCUUGCUGAGCAGAAAGGAAAAUGUUGGAAAGCUGCAGAGAAGUUUCCAAUGAAGAAUUCAGCAGGACAAGGUCGGGUGUGUAAACAUGUAGGAUCUGUGAAAAUGUUGCUUAGUGUAAGGUACUGUCCCCAACCAUUUUCUGAUACUCUGUUGCCUUUGUAAUUGUAUCAGUUACUCAUGGACUUGUCUUCAUUGUUACUGCAGGCUGUCUAGUUAGGCCAGAUCCUGCAAGCAUUUUGGCAUAAAGAGCAAAACAUUUCCACCAUGACUAAAACCAGUUUGACACAAUGGUACUUGCCCAGUGGGAUUAUUCUGCUGCCUAAUGAAUUUGCCAGUGGAGUGCUUUGCUUAAAUUUCUUAGAAUAUUAAUCUUAGUGCAAUUAGCAAUGUUUGCAUCUCUCUCCCAGAGCACUGGACUGAACUCUUCAACCAUGAAGAAAAGCAUUAGAGAGGGAACAGCAAAAAAACCCACUAUUCUGCUAGUGAAACCAAGUGACACUUUUUUGUUGCUUUUCCCAAAGAAAAUGCCCUACUUUCAUGUGAAACUGAUAGUAAUAGCAGGAGCCUUGGAAAACAAUGAGUUCCACCUCCUGCAUCCAGAUCAUCAUCAUACAUAUUUUCAUUGUUAGAGGCUGUGUUGUCAAGAAGGGCCAGACAAAACUUUAAUUUAAGUAAUUGGCUUGACAGGGUGACAUGGCAAGCUGGGUGCAAGCAGCAAGUGCAGGCAAUUCCUGCCUCAUAGUUAAGCUGCACACUAACUGUAUGACUUCUCUGUUGGGAGAAAAAAUUACUUCUAGGAUGCAGGUACAAGGAUACUGCAUGUGAGUGUGGAAUAUUGUCAGGUGUAUUGAAGAUCCCCAAAUUGCAGAGCUGGUUCCAGCUCUGCUCUGCUUUGAUAGUGACAAUAUGCACACUGUAUUUCUGGAUGUUGUGUUCUGGCUUUGUGCACUACAACCACUUCUCUCUUCUGGGAGGUUAGCGAAGGUUUAAAUUAGACCAUUGAAAUAAGGGGACUAAUUCAUCAAUAAGUUCAGAGAAGCUGCAGAAGGGAAUGGAGCAGUGGCUGAGUGGAGGAUGUUUCACAGUUAUGGUCCUGUGAAAUAUGUUGCCUCUUGAGCUCUCAACACAGCUUGACUUGGAGCACUGUAGUUUCUCUGUUCCUUGGAGCCAGGAGCUGGAUAAUUGAUGUCACUCACUGAGGAGUGAUGAAGAAGCCAAGCCCAGACACAUUCCCCAGAGCUGUUUUCUGAAGCCUUUCUUUAAAAGAACAGGGUUCUGUGCUUUGCUGAGCACUUUGUGUAUGAGCCUGAGAAAAGGUUCCACUUGAACAGUGCUUCAGUUAAAAAUGUGUAGCACAGAUAGCAGUUAGGAAAUCCCGACUGCAGUUCAUUCUGUGAGAGGUGAAGCAAACCACUUUCUAUAUGCUCUACCUCUAGGUGUGUUUUACCUUCAGCUCUCUUGUGCAACCUCAUCAUCCAAACACAAGAAGCAACUUUGCCCUGCAAAGUUAUCAAUGAGCCAAGGAAGACAAACUGGGGUGCCCUAAUAAUUCCCUUUUAGCCAUGGAUCUAGGGAUCUAUGGCAACAUACCAAAUAAUCAAACUCCCUCUAAAGGAUUUUUUUUCUGCCACCUGCUCGACACAGCAGCUGUGCAGCCACCACAGCAAAGAGACUAAAGGCUGAACAAUUAUUCAGAUGGGUACAAUGGCACAUUAGAAAGGAGAACUGAGUGAGCAAACCCACUAGAGCUAUUCCUAUCAUAUUUUUAUCUGCAAGUAGGAGUCUGUGUUUGCCCACAGCAUUAACAACCUGUAUUUCUGUGUCAGCACACUUGCAAAGCUGAAAAACCAAUUUCGAAAUGGAUGCAACAGUAGUAGCAGGAAGACUCAUCUGCUACAAAUAAGGCAUUUAGCCUUUUUGUGGGCAGAUGAGGUCAUAAAUAUCUCAGAAGUAAUGAGAUCCCUGCUCCAAAAUCCUCACUUGCAAUAGGACUUGAGGGCAGUCAGCAUCCCACCCAGCUGCUAAGCAGACUGUAACAAUCAGCCCCAAAUCAAGAGUGAAGAGAAGCAUCCAGCCAUUAUUAUCUUGCCCUGUACACCCUUUGAACAUAAAAAAAAAUACACCUUUGUUUCUGGGACCAAGUGAAAACAGGAGCCUCCAGUCUCUGGGUUGUUCUGUAUUUUGUCUAUUAUUAAAAGCUUUCAUUUUGCUAUACUCAGGCAAUUCCAGUUGGUAAUAUCCUUUUCACAUUUCUCUGUAGGCUGCUGAGAGUUAUUAAUUUCAUGUAGCACUGUCCAUUUAUCCAAGGUAAUUUGACUGAGUUUCAUGUGGCUAAUCACAGAGUAGAAUCUGGAAAUUUGCUCUUUUUAGGCGUGAUUUCCAUUUGAGGUAAAUGGACUAAAGAUCAGAAUCCCAGAUCAAAAUGUAUCUGUGCCUUUGGAACAUUCAGAGCUCUGGAGAAUUGGAUUUCAUGUGAUUAAUGUGCAGGAAGGAAAGGGCAGUGAGGUCCCUAGUGAUAAUGUCAGCCACGAGGGUUCUGACAGGCAGGGCUGAGUGCUUCGUUAGCUGCUGCUGCGUCCCUCUGAGCCCUGCUGGCUCCCUGGACACACAGCCAGGGCUGAGAGGGAGCUGAACCUCCAGGUAUAGCCUGUCCCUCCUCCCCUCGCAGCCUGCUGGUCCUCAGGGAAACAAGCAUUUGUUCUAAUCACAGAAGAGCCAGAGAUCAAUAUUCUGUUAGCUGCAUUGUUCCUGGUACAUUGUUCAGUAACCAUAAGGUCAAAAGAGGGGUGGUUUAACGUGCCUUUAGCCCUUUACCCCUUGUCUGAGAACAUCCUAAAGCAGUCAAGGCAUCCUGAACCUUAAAGUCUCUACUGCCCUUAAUCUGACACUUUUUGUGUUUCCUCUUACAACCCAUCUUUGCUUUUUACCUCAUUUUUCCAGCACAAAAACAGGGAAAAUGAAGUCACCACUCUGCUCUUCUCUGGACAUGUAGGGAACUCCUAACAGCUAUGGACCAGCCAUGUCCCAUUUUAGUUUGUGGUUCUUCAGGCACAAAGAAAGAAGAAAGUGUCCAAUUACCUACAUAAGCAGUUCCAGGGAAAUAUUUGCCUUUGCAGAACAAAAUAUAUGACAAUUUUAUCUCAUUCUGGCCUGUCCCAGAGCAUUUACGCUGAAACAACAUGGGCAGAACUACUUUUGCUGGUUUGGAAAUUACACCAACACAGCCAUGAACUGGAAAAGAAAACCCUGAUAAGACAAACAUGUCACAAUCAUCUCAAGGACAUGUCUCUAAGGCAGUUUUUCCUGAGUAACACAGGCAGACUUGAGCUGUUGGUAGCAAAGCCCUUUUGUGUGAGCACAGUCUCCCCCUCUUCUGGAAUUCAUUGUGCCACCCAUUCUAUCCUUCCCAGGCUGCUAUUUUCUGUUGUAGAAAAUACUCUAAAACAUUCCUGUGUUAGUAGGAUACAUGUAGGAUUUACCUCCCAAAGCUCUGCUUAGUCCUGCAAAAGCAAAACCAACCCUAUUUUCUUAAGCAUGGAACGUUAAGGAGUCAAGUAUCAUCUGUACAGUAGCAUUGUCUCAUUUUAAUCUUCAGUUUUCCUAUUAUCCAGACUUUAAAGAUGCUGAGAAAAGAAACAAGCAAGAGAAUCACAGAAUGUCUCCAAAGUCACUGCCCAAUCCUUUAGUCUCUAUCAUUCCUCAUUCCUCCCCAUAUUACCCUUGAACUCACAUCCAUCUCUUUGAACUCAUUGCCACCAUCACAUAGUCUCUAUGCCUUCAUUUUAUUUCUCCCCUUGUCUUUGCUGUAUUUUUUUCAUUCCUUGGUGUCAGAGCAUGUGAGCAUUUGGAAGCCAGCAGUGUUCUUCAGCCCUUUGUAGCCAGCUCCUUGGCUGACCUCUGAGAGUAAGGUUAGUGAUGAGAAAGAAAGGACCUUCCACAGUGAGGGCAAGGAGCAGUGACACAAGGCCUCUUCUGGGAGAAAAUCUUAAUCAUUAUCUGCCUUAGCAAACCACAUUGUUUGCCCUAAGCAGAAGGGCAAGAUGUGGCUGUGAAGCUUGGUAACUGUGUUGUCAGUAUCCAUACAAUGCAAAGUUACCUUUCAAAAAUUCAGACUGUAGGGAUACACUGCACAGUUUUGCAGCCAGCACUUAACUGAGCUUUUCCCAACCCAAAGUCCUUUGUUUUGUUAGCAGAUCAGAAUCGGUGGAAAUGCUCCUGGGGUCAGGUGAGGGCAGUGGGAGUGGGCCCUGAGGAGAACAGAAAAGCUCCAUGAGAUUUACUGUGGGGUCAGGGCCAUUAAAGAGCAGCCUAUUCAGUAAAGAAAAACAGGCACAAUGUACUAAGCUAUUUCAAAUCUAAUCACACCUGCAGUUCUCAGACACACAGCCAAGCUGCUACAGCCAGAUUGAGCAUUUAGAAAUGCCAUUGUACCCAAAGGAAAGCACAUUCUUCUGCCAGAACUGAGGGAGCUCUGCAGCCUGGUGUUCUGGGAGCUUCCUGAGCUGCAGCCAUUACCGAUAUCGCAUUUCCUGAGGAGUUCACUCCCACCAAUGAACAAAUAACAUUGAACUCUUUCAAGUCUAGGCCCAAAACCCAUCUCAGCUGCUGCCUUCAUAAGGAUGAUUGAAGUUCCUGAGCCUGCAUGCUGCUCCAUCCAGAGGGACCUUUGCCUCCACCUGGAGUUAACUGCAUUAAUAACACUUCUGCUGUACUUCUGACAUCUGCUUCACUGGAUCAGUUUGCAGGACUCGCUGUGGAUUGCUGGGGUUUUUAUUUUAAAUGUAAAAAUGUCUGUAAUUUCCUAAUCAAAAGCAAGAAAGAAAGCAGAAUGCUGUAUUUUUUUAAAUGAGAAGGUAAUAAAACCAAGUCUGAAUAUUUUGAUAGAUAUGCUGGAAGGGUAUAUAAUGUAGCAAACAGUUGCACUAUUUUUUCCUAGUAUGAGUACCCAACCUGAGAAAUAUUUGUUCUUUCUCUAAGUCCUCUUCCAGUUCUGAAGUUUGGAAGUUCAGAAGGAGUGGAGUACAAAGUCUCAGUGAAGUGUGAAGCUUAUGUAAAUAAAUCUGGUUGUUAGCUUUGUGAGAUAGCCUAUUACGUUUGUUUUUCAGUUAUCUCAAAUGCUGUCUAAUUAUUUGGGGCUUUUUCUCCCAAAAAAAGCUAAAUAGUGACACUUCUGAAAGCAUCUGUGCUUCACACAAAAUCACAGUCAUAUGAAAAUUAUAUUCUUCAGUUCAUGUAAAGCAGCUUUACAGGAGCCCUUUAGUAUGCACUGUUACUUUUUCUUAAUAAUCCUGAACAAUUUAAUUCUCUUGUGCUUUCUCUCUGCUAUCUAUCCUGUUUUGUACACUAUCAGGUUUGCAGGGAUUCUGUGUAUUGUUUUUGUAAUACAUGGGUUGGUUUCUAGAAAAACCUUUACUGUUGUAAUCAUUGUUCUUGGAUUGUGGAGCUCUAUCUGUAAAGACAAAAACAACUUUAAAAAUGCCCUCUGCUUUCUCCAAGUUUACUGUAAUUAGCAAAUUUAGUUAAGAGAAAUGUAUUCUUUUAAGCUCCUGAUAUGUUCUUUUCCAGUUAUUGACUGCUUUCACUAUAUGUGUACUUAGUACUGGUUUAUUCCUUUACUAUGGUGAAAAUGACAAGUUUUGUUAAUAUCAGAUGGAAAUUGUGGUUUUGGAUAAAGUUCUUCAAAUUG